CUAUGUGAUGCUGUUACUGCCAUUUCAUCAGCGGAUUUUCACAAACAUCAUCUUUAAACAUGAAAUUGCUAUGAAAUUAAACCAUCGACAAGUUGUAAGGACGGCCGUUAUCCAAUUUUACAUCAAACUCGCCAUCACAGUAACAGUUCCCUGUGUAGAAUAAAAUAAUACAAAAGGAUACUAGGACAAGGCCUAUUUGCGUAUCACUGCUUGGGGUAAAACAGUGUUUGACUAGGCCUCCUGAGAUCACUGUUUCAGAGAGCAUCUUCGAUAUACGAGAUUUCUCAAGAACAUGGGAUUUGCUAUUUCCAGCCGUUGAUUGCUCAUCUAACAAGAUUCUAUGAGAGAUGGAAGCGAUAUGGCUGUACCAGUUUCGACUCAUCGUCAUUGGGGACUCGACAGUAGGAAAGUCGUGCCUGAUCCGGCGAUUCACAGAGGGACGCUUUGCGCAUGUGUCUGACCCCACAGUCGGUGUAGACUUCUUCUCACGCCUAGUGGAGAUAGAACCAGGGAAACGCAUUAAACUUCAAAUCUGGGACACAGCCGGACAAGAGCGAUUCAGGUCUAUUACCAGGGCUUAUUACCGUAACUCUGUUGGGGGGCUGCUGCUGUUCGACAUCACCAACCGUCGCUCCUUCCAGAAUGUGCAUGAGUGGCUGGAGGAGGCCCGGAGUCACGUCCAGCCUCACAGCAUCGUCUUUCUGUUGGUGGGCCACAAGUGCGACCUGGAGCCCCAGAGGCAGGUGAGCCAGCAAGAGGCGGAGAAGCUGGCAGGUACCUAUGGUAUGCGCUACGUGGAGACAUCGGCUCGCGACUCCAUCAACGUGGAAAAGGCCUUCACUGAGCUAACGCGGGACAUCUUUGAGCUCGUGAAGAGCGGUGACAUCAACAUCCAGGAGGGUUGGGAGGGGGUGAAGAGUGGCUUGGUGCCCAACGUGGUGCACUCCUCAGAAGAGGUCACCAAGAGCGGCCGGCGGUGCCUCUGCUGAUUAGCCUGUCUGUCUAGUUGGCUUCACUCAACCCAGCCCAUGCAGUCCUGUUACAUUAUGUCCCACUAGCUCGCAAUCUUGUCACAUAUAUAUAUCUCUCUCACUCCCAUUCUGACUACUGGAAGGCCAUUCCCGCUCUAGUCUACCACUGAAUAAAACAUGAAUACAGCAACAUUCCACAGUAACCUUCCUGGCGUCUGUCUUACCUGUUACAGGCACUUGAAAGACAAGAAAUGGCCUGUUUUAUGAUUUCAUUGUCCUCCCUGUAUUUAUGCUUCAUCUUGUGCCCCACAGAAGGAACACACUUCAAACUUUACACGUCUGUUCUGUGUUCUGGAGUCUGGGGAACUCGCACAACUAUCGGGGGGGGGAGUGUUCAAUACAGGGGGAAACACCAAAUCUAUCACAGCCUAUUCCACCUUGGCUAUGGAAAGAACCAGAAAGCGUGUGUUGUAUUACUGGCUGUGUGCAAUGCCUCCUGCUUUUGGUGCGAGACUGAUGACACCCCCAGACACAUGAACAACCAAGAACACAAUAGUGUAUUGCCAUCAUCCUUUUCAUCACAGAUGGAACCAAAGCUUGCGUGGACUGAAUCAGUUCUAUAUGAGUAUCAACAGGGAAUUUGCACAGUUGAGUGUUGGGUAGGCUGCACUGUGCAAUGCCUAACAUCAAUGUUUUUCAUUUGCCGUUUUCUUCAUCGUUGCUCAUAUUAAAUGCACAGUUGGGGACACAAGGUACUGUAUAACAUAUCACCUUUUUUGACCACCCUGGCCAUCCACCAUAAUCGUUAGAGAAUGCGUCCCAUGAGAAAGACGAUUUAUAUACUCCAUUGGCUUUAACAGUAAGCUCACCCCUUAAACAUUGACAUCUACACAACGAUAGCGCCUCCUGAUGUUGUGAACACCAAGCUUUAAAUGGGGUCAGCUGUUCUAGAGUUGUUUUUUUCUUCCGUUUAUUUAAUACCUGCAUACUGUAGGGUCAUAUGCUUGUAGUUUUAACAUGAUCCUAAGCAACAUUCCACACGUGUCCAAUAUUUCUUCCCAGACUAUUGGACACAGCCACAUGCUUUAUCUAACCGUUAUAUCUUCCAAUCACAACCUUUAGUACCUCUAAAAUGUAUUUUUUCUCAAUGCCAGUUUCCACCCUCCCCAUUGAACUUUUUGGGUUAGCUAUGAUCCCAUUUGCUGCCAGGCCCAUGUCCAUAUACAACGUUAAUCCCAAGCAGAUCAUAUCUGAGAGCAAUUUAAAGAGCCUCCUAGGUUCAAAGUAUCUAUGCAGCAGGAAACUAACCAUUUGCUCGAAAGGAAAGCUACAACAUGUAUUAAUCGACCUGAAUUUUACUCUCCUUCAGGGUUGUUCAAUACUGCACGUGUAUAGUUGCAUUUUAUCCAUUUGUAAAUAGCCAGGGUGUUCUGGAUGAAUUCAUUUCCAGAACAUGAAAUGUCAUAAUGGUGUGAUAGAAAUGGGCAAUUCCAUGACUUUCAAUAUUUGUAGGAGAUACAGUGCAUUCGGAAAGUAUUCAUACCCCUUGACUUUUUCCACAUUUUGUUACGUUUCAGCUUGUAGCGUCAUACCCAAGAAGAAUCAAGGCUGUAAUCGCUGCCAAAGGUUCUUCAACAAAGUACUGAGUAAAGGGUCUGAAUACCAGUUUGGGCACACCUAUUCAUUCAAGGGUUUUUCUUUAUUUGUACUAUUUUCUACAUUGUAGAAUAAUAGUGAAGACAUCAAAACUAUGAAAUAACACAUAUGGAAUCAUGUAGUAACCAAAAAAAGUGUUAAGCAAACAAAAAUAUAUUUUAGAUUCUUCAAAGUAGCCGCCCUUUGACUUGAUAACAGCUUUGCACACUCUUGGCAUUCUCUCAACCAGCUUCACCUGGAAUGCUUUUCCAACAGUCUUGAAGAAGUUCCCACAUAUGCUGAGCACUUGUUGGCUGCUUUUUCUUCACUCUGUGGUCCAACUCAUCCCAAACCAUCUCAAUUUGUUUGAGGUCGGUUGAUUGUUGAGGCCAGAUUGUUGAUGCAGCACUCCAUCACUCUCCUUCUUGGUCAAAUAGCCCUUACACAGCCUGGAGGUGUGUUUGGUAAUUUUCCUGUUGAAAAACAAAUGAUAGUCCCACUAAGCCCAAACCAGAUGGGAUGGUGUAUCACUGCAGAGUGCUGUUGUAGCCAUGAUGGUUAAGUGUGCCUUGAAUUCUAAAUACAUCACUGACAGUGUCAGCAGCAGAGCACCCCCACACCAUCACACCUCCUCCUCCAUGCUUCACGGUGGGAACCACACAUGCAGAGAUAAUCUAUUCACCUUCUCUGCAUCAGACCAAAAGACAGAUUUCCACCGGUCUAAUGUCUAUUGCUCAUGUUUCUUGACCCAAACAAGCCUCUUCUUCUUAUUGGUGUCCUUUAGUAGUCGCUUCUUUGCAGCAAUUCGACCAUGAAGGCCUGAUUCACCCAGUCUCCUCUGAACAGUUGAUGUUGAGAUGUGUCUGUUACUUGAACUCUGUGAAGCAUUUAUUUGGGCUGCAAUUUCAGUGUCUGGUAACUCUAAUGAACUUAUCCUCUGCAGCAGAAGUAACUCUGGGUCUUCCUUUCCGGUGGCGGUCCCCAUGAGAGCCAGUUUCAUCAUAGUGCUUGAUGGUUUUUGCGGCUGCACUUGAAGAAACGUUCAAUUGUCUUGAAAUGUCCCGCAUUGACUGAACUUCAUGUCUUAAGGUAAUGAUGGACUGUCGUUUCUCUUUGCUUAUUUGAGCUGUUCUUGCCAUAAUAUGGACUUGGGCUUUUACCAAAUAGGGCUAUCUUCUGUAUACCACCCCUACCUUGUCACAACUGAUUGGCUCAAACGCAUUAAGGAAAGAAUUUGCAACAUUUUCCAAAAACCUGUUUCUGCUUUGUCUUGUGUGUAGAUUGAUGAGGGAAAAAACCUAUUGAAUCCAUUUUAAAAUAAGACUAACGUAACAAAAUGUAGAAAAAGUCAAGGGGUCUGAAUACUUUCUGAAUGCACUGUAUAUUACAACAGCUGGAGUGUUGCUCUGUUCAGGGUAAUAAGAUUGGUUUGGUUUGGUUUCCCCCUCUUUCACUGAAGUCACACCCUCUGAUUAUGAAAGGAGAGAGAUCCCUGGGGAAGUCCACAGCCUUUAGAGAGACAUCCGUUACCUACAUAUUAGACAUGCGUAUUGAGCCUCCAUGUGCCAGACAUGUGUGAAUACCCUCCCCACCACAGGUGGCUGGUGGCAUCUUAAUUGGGAAGGACGGGCUCAUAGUCAUGGUUGGAACGGAAUAAAUGGAAUGGUAUCGAACAAGUGAAAUAUGGUUUCCAUGUGGUUUAUUAUGAGCUGUCCUCCCCUCAGCAGCCUCCUGUACUCCCCACCAAUGUCGUUGAAUGGACUCUCCUGGCUGUAUUCUCUGCUAAGCCAGGUACCAGAUCAGCUGCUGAAUUGACAGCACUGGCGCUAAACCAACUUUGUUUUUCAUUCUAAACCAUUGAAUGACUGUGAUAUAGGAAUGUAGAGAGAACAAUCUUUUCAUAUUUCAUGUUCUCUGCUAUACCCCUGAGGCUCUGAGUGAUGGUGCUUACCUGCACUGUGUCAUGCAGAGGUUUGAAAUGGCUAUGAAUCAGGUCUUGAUAAACCUAGUCAGAGCUAGGAUGUAUUCCAAUUAAAUUGUGACUGGUAGAUGUCAUUUCUUUUUUUGAAACAAACGUAAAGCAGACCAUGUUUCUUUAGCGGUGUAUAGGUUUGGAGUGCAUAGCACAAGGGCAGGUUCGAUGUCUCAUAUGCUUGUAAGGAAUAAACAUUUGAUCUCAGCAAAGGCAUGGUCAAUAUUCCAGUGCUCUAUGAUGCCCAUCCAAAAUACAUGUGCUCAGUGUUAGUUGCCUUUGAAUGCACACGCAUACCAAUUAAUUUAAAAAUAUUCCCCCAGCCUGGAAAAACACUGUUUAUUCAACAAGCAGUUGAAAGAAAUUGAUAUUCCGGAGGUUAAACUGGAUGUACACUCUAUAUAAAAAUAAGUAUGUGGACACCCCAUCAAAUUAGUGGAUUCGGCUGUUUCAGCCACACCCAUUGCUGACAGGUGUAGAAAAUCGAGCACACAGCCAUGUAAUCUCCAUAGACAAACAUUGACAGUAAAAUGGCCUUACUGAAGAGCUCAGUGACUUUCAACGUGGCACCGUCAUAGGAUGCCACCUUUCCAACAAGUCAGUUCAAGUCAGUUCCCAACAAGCAGCCCCGGUCAACUGUAAGUGCUGUUAUUGUGAAGUGGAAACGUCUAGGAGCAACAAUGGCUUAACCCCGAAGUGGUAGGCCACACAAGCUCACAGAACAGGACCGCCGAGUGCUGAAGCGGGUAGUGUAUUAAAACCAUCUGUCCUCGGUUGCAACACUCACUCCCGAGUUCCAAACUGCCUCUGGAAGCAACGUCAGCACAAGAACUGUUCAUCGGGAGCUUCAUGAAAUGGUUUUCCAUGGCCGAGGAGCCAGAGACAAGCCUAAGAUCACCAUGCGUAAUGCCAAGUGUCGGCUAGAGUGGUGUAAAGCUCGCCGCAAUUGGACUCUGUAGCAGUGGAAAUGUGUUCUCUGGAGUGAUGAAUCAUGCUUCACCAUCUGGCAGUCCGACGGACAAAUCUGGGUUUGGCGGAUACCAGGAGAAAGCUACCUGCCCCAAUGCAUAGUGCCAACUGUACAAUUUGAUGGAGGAGGAAUAAUGGUCUGGGGCUGUUUUUAAUGGUUUGGGUCCCUUCGUUCCAGUGAAGGGAAAUCUUAAUGCUACAGCAUACAAUAACAUUCUAGACGAUUCUGUGCUUCCAACUUUGUGGCAACAAUUUGGGGAAGGCCCUUUCCUGUUUCAGCAUGACAAUGCCCACGUGCACAAAGCGAGGUCCAUACAGAAAUGGUUUGUCGAGAUCGGUGUGUAAGAAUGUGACUAGCCUGUACAGAGCCCUGACCUCAACCCCAUUGAACACUUUUGGGAUGAAUUAGAACGCUGACUGCGAGCCAGGCCUAAUCGCCUAACAUCAGUGCCCAACCUCACUAAUGCUCUUGUGGCUGAAUGGAAGCAAGUCCCCGCAACAAUGUUCCAACAUCUAGUGGAAAGCCUUCCCAGAAGAGUGGAGGCUGUUAUAGCAGCAAAGGGGGGACCAACUCCAUAUUAAUGCCCAUGAUUUUGGAAUGAGAUGAUCGACAAGCUGGUGUCCACAUACUUUUGGUCAUUAAUGUUAAGUCAGUGAUGUAUCUAUUUGUACUACAAAGAUAAUAUAUGCUCCCUAUUAAAUUGUGAACACGUGAUAAGAAAAUAACCAAAAAUGGUUUAAUUAAAUAAAGUUAGACCACAACCUGUCGUUUCCAAUGGGCGGAACAGGCAAGCAGGCAAGUAGGCAGGCAAGGAGGCCAAAGCCAAGCCGCGUUCUGGCAUGUAUUUUCAUAUUUCCGUUAGGAAACGGCUACUCUUUCAAGUGCGCAUGUGCAAUAACUCAACAGAAACUGUAUUGAGAUCAAAUGUUUAAUCGAUGAGAAUAUUAGCAGAAGGUUGGCCAAAAUACAUCUCACUCCAACUUCCCCCACUGCCGGCCACUGGGCUUCCUCUCAUCACCAUAUUUGGUAGUGAGUGGAAACGUCAACCGGAUGCUUCACAUUUAUACAUCUGGUGAAACAUCCGUCUCAUUGUUCCAUCUGUGAAACAACUGUUUGAAGUCAUUAGUACAAUGCCAUAUACAAACACAAGAGGGCAGCACACACUAAACAAUUGACCUUGUGAAUGGUUACAAGGCACAACAUUAAAUGUUUUAUUUUAUUUAACCUUUAUUUAACUAGGCAAGUCAGUUAAGAACAAAUUCUUAUUUAAAAGUUCAAGAACAUUAAAGUUCAAAUAUAGGGUGGCUAAAUCAUAUGGGAUUCUAUUGUGAAUUUAGAAACAAUUCCUAUUAAUUGUGAAUCAUGUAACGUUAACUCCCCAAUGGCGAUCCACACAGCGAAACGGCACCACGUAGCCAGGUCCAGCUGCAUCAUGAGGUAGAUGUUGGCUGCCUCUGUUCAGUGUCUUUGUCAAGGCAGCAGGGGCACCUAGAGGGAAGAGGUACAGGUUAGUCAUACUUUUACUGCAUAUCAAGCUGGAUUAUAAACUGGUUGUAAGACAUGAAUAAACACUGGACCUGUUUAAAUUAAAUAAAUAUUCAGAAACGGACCUUGAAGGUGAGGGCUUCCAUGAUAAUGGCACAAAGGGUACAGAGCAAGGCCAGGAGAAUCUGAACGCUUGUCAUGUUUAACACAUGAAACAAAAUAAAUACUUUCAGGUAGAUAGAUAUUAGACAUGCAAUGCCAUUCCAAAAGUGUUGUGAAUCUGUAGAUGUGGAGGGAAAGGAUAUGGAUUUUCCCUCGGUUUGAUAAGCUUAUUCAUUUUUAUAUAAUUAUUUUUUUUUAAAUACGAAAAUAGUUCCAUCUACUGUUGAGAAUCAACACGAGACGGCCUACAGGGAGGAGGUGAGGGCCCUCGGAGUGUGGUGUCAGGAAAAUAACCUCACACUCAACGUCAACAAAACUAAGGAGAUGAUUGUGGACUUCAGGAAACAGCAGAGGGAACACCCCCCUAUCCACAUCGAUGGAACAGUAGUGGAGAGGGUAGCAAGUUUUAAGUUCCUCGGCGUACACAUCACAGACAAACUGAAUUGGUCCACUCAGACAGCAUCGUGAAGAAGGCGCAGCAGCGCCUCUUCAACCUCAGGAGGCUGAAGAAAUUCGGCUUGUCACCAAAAGCACUCACAAACUUCUACAGAUGCACAAUCGAGAGCAUCCUGGCGGGCUGUAUCACCGCCUGGUACGGCAACUGCUCCGCCCUCAACCAUAAGGCUCUCCAGAGGGUAGUGAGGUCUGCACAACGCAUCACUGGGGGCAAACUACCUGCCCUCCAGGACACCUACACCACCCGAUGUUACAGGAAGGCCAUAAAGAUCAUCAAGGACAUCAACCACCCGAGCCACUGCCUGUUCACCCCGCUAUCAUCCAGAAGGCGAGGUCAGUACAGGUGCAUCAAAGCUGGGACCGAGAGACUGAAAAACAGCUUCUAUCUCAACGCCAUCAGACUGUUAAACAGCCACCACUAACAUUGAGUGGCUGCUGCCAACACACUGACAUUGACACUGACUCAACUCCAGCCACUUUAAUAAUGGGAAUUGAUGGGAAAUGAUGUAAAUAUAUCACUAGCCACUUUAAACAAUGCUACCUUAUAUAAUGUUACUUACCCUACAUUAUUCAUCUCAUAUGCAUACGUAUAUACUGUACUCUAUAUCAUCGACUGCAUCCUUAUGUAAUACAUGUAUCACUAGCCACUUUAACUAUGCCACUUUGUUUACAUACUCAUCUCAUAUGUAUAUACUGUACUCGAUACCAUCUACUGUAUGCUGCCCUGUACCAUCGCUCAUUCAUAUAUCCUUAUGUACAUAUUCUUUAUCCCCUUACACUGUGUAUAAGACAGUAGUUUUGGAAUUGUUAGAUUACUUGUUGGUUAUUACUGCAUUGUCGGAACUAGAAGCACAAGCAUUAAGCUACACUCGCAUUAACAUCUGCUAAACAUGUGUAUGUGACAAAUAAAAUUUGAUUUGAUUUGAAAGGCAUAGAAGGUCAUUAUAAUAAACAUUUAUU